ACCCCAUGCUCGCACCUUGCGCUGAAUCAGAUUUCACAUGUGCUGACUCGAGUUGCAUACCCUUAUCGAAGUCUUGCAACGKUCGUCCGGAUUGUCCGGACGCAGAAGACGAGCGGAAUUGCACAAAUGACAGACCAUCGUUAUCGUCUGCAAACACUAAUCAGGCGUCGUCAACAGCCGACAUACCGCCUCCUGCAGUCGCCACAGUGUGUUUUUCCAACGAGUUUCAAUGCAAUGACGGCGGUUGCGUGAGCAGCGAUUACCGCUGCGAUCGUAUUAACGAUUGUAAGGAUCAAAGUGACGAAUUGGACUGUGGUAAGUACGACCCACUGACGAAGCACGUCGGUCGUCUCCGUCAUUGUGGUACACGACCACGACAUUUAGCUUGGGUGGACCUGGUCGAAUUGGUCGAAUUCGAUAAGAGCUAUAGGCUUUGA